GUAGAGCAGCAAAGCAGAGCAGCGCGAGACAGGAAGUAGAAGGUUCUCGGUGAAGGGGUUUUAUUUUUGAAAGGUUUUUCCUCUCUCGAAAUGAAGAAGAAAAGUCACUUUUCUUGCCCAGGAGAUCCUUAAUUCCACUGUGGACUUAUUCCGGUUUGUGAGCAGUUCAACAUGAGGGAGAUGACGGUGUUUUCUUUCCUCGGUGUCCAACAUCAACAACAGCAGCAGCAGGAGGAGGAGGAGGAGGACAAGAUGGCAGCUUGUUACAGCGAGUGUUUAGAGGCUGCUGAGGGUGGAUAUUAAAGCCCGGACAUGUCUCUGCGGUCCCAUUACAGUCGCUGGCUGUGAAGGUAUGGCCUUACAGGUUUUGGUUUGCCCACCGCAUGCGCAUCAGCCCCAGACAAGUGCCUUUAGCAGUGUGAGGAAAGCGGAGGCCAGCAGCUGUGUGUACCAUGAGAAGCCUCCUCGCACCUACGUGGUCGGCGUGAACCUUGGCAUCGCGCAUCCAAACAAUAUCAGCAUUCCUACAUCUUUAAAGACACAGGAGGGGGAGGGGUACUCGUUACGGACUGUGGCUCCUGGAGAGCCGCGUAGAGGGAUUCUUUCUUCCUACAGGUGUGUAGGAGACGGAGUGGGGGAGGAGGAGCAGGAGGAGGGAGAGGACGAGAAGGAGAACAGGGGGACGUUUGACGGAUGUGGGUUUGAACGCGGGAAAGGCGAGGAGCAGGGCACGAGGACCAUGCAGAUCGUCGAGGAGCGUCCGGCACUGCCAGCCAUGCUGCAAAGCAACGUAGGCAGCACGGUGGCCUCCAAUCAGAAUGUGGCCGGGACAGGGGGCGGGGCCAACGAUGGGGACUACCAGCUGGUACAGCACGAGGUUCUGUGCUCAAUGAAGCACACGUACGAGGUGCUGGAGUUCCUGGGCCGAGGGACGUUCGGCCAGGUCGUGAAGUGCUGGAAGCGCGGCACGAACGAGAUCGUGGCCGUCAAGAUCCUGAAGAAGCAUCCGUCAUACGCGCGCCAAGGUCAGAUCGAGGUGGGCAUCCUGGCGCGUCUGAGCAGCGAGAACGCUGACGAGCACAACCUGGUGCGUGCCUUCGAGUGCUUCCAGCACCGCAACCACACGUGCCUGGUGUUUGAGAUGCUCGAGCAGAACCUGUACGACUUCCUGAAGCAGAAAAAGUUCAGCCCGCUGCCGCUGAAGGUGAUCCGCGCCGUGCUGCAGCAGGUGGCCACGGCGCUCCGCAAGCUCAAGAGCCUCGGCCUGAUUCACGCCGACCUCAAACCCGAGAACAUCAUGCUGGUGGAUCCGCGUCGGCAGCCCUACCGCGUCAAGGUCAUCGACUUUGGCUCGGCUAGUCACGUCUCCAAGGCUGUGUGCUCCACCUACCUGCAGUCGCGCUACUACAGGGCUCCGGAGAUCAUCCUGGGUCUGCCCUUUUGUGAGGCUAUAGACAUGUGGUCACUGGGCUGCGUCAUCGCUGAGCUGUUUCUCGGCUGGCCGCUUUACCCCGGAGCUCUGGAGUAUGACCAGAUUCGCUACAUUUCUCAAACUCAAGGGCUGCCCGGCGAGCACCUGUUAAACGUGGGGACGAAAACGUCCCGCUUCUUCUGCAAGGAGUCUGACUCACCGUACGCAGCCUGGAGGCUGAAGACAACAGAGGAGCACGAGACGGAGACUGGAAUGAAAUCGAAGGAGGCCAGGAAGUACAUCUUCAGCUGUCUAGAUGACAUCGGCCAUGUAAACCUGGUGUUGAAUAUGGAGGGCUGUGAUCAGCUUGCGGAGAAAGCAGACAGGCGAGAGUUUGUGGAUCUGCUCAAGAUGAUGUUGCUGAUCGACGCAGACCAACGCAUCACUCCUUCAGACGCUCUCAACCACCCUUUCGUCACUAUGCAGCACUUACUGGACUUUCCACACAGUAGCUACGUGCAGUCAUGUUUCCACAUCAUGGACAUGUGCCACUCGAGGACCAGCAUGUACGAUGCGGUGAACCGCAACAAAGCCCCGCCCCCUCUCAUGAAACCUGUCACACUACCCAGCGGCCCCAACAUCGCGGUCUUCAACAAAAUACCCUCCAUGCACUCACAGGCUUUGGCUCCACCUGCACCGCCUGUGGUACAUCCUGGCAUUCCCCUGCAGACAGGAAGUGCACAGUUUGGCUGCACUGAUUCUUUUCAGCAAACGCUCAUCCUUUGCCCACCAGCCAUUCAAGGAAUCGGGUCCAACCCUAACCAGCCGUCAGGAUAUUCGGUGCGGAUGGAUAAUGCACUGCCGCUGGUGACUCAAGCUCCAGCCAUCCAGUCUUUACCUCUCAGACCAGGAGUCAUAGCACAGCAGCCGUGGUCCAACAGGACUCCGCAGAUCCUGGUACCAGCAUGGCAGCAGGUGCCUCCUCCACCCACCACACUGCCCUCGGACACUGUCUCCUGUCCUCAGAGGAGAGGGGACUGGGGGAAAGUGCGUUCACACACCAGCCAUUAUGGUUCCAUGAUGCCGCAACCACUCGUGCCCAGUCAGAUGGCUGUAUCUGCGCACCAGCCCAUGAACAUAGGCAUCGCUCACGUGGUGUGGCCUCAGACGACUGCCAACAAGAGCAGCAAGCCCAGUCAGAACAGGAGUGUGAAUACGUCGCACUACACAGAAACGCAUACUUCAGCGUGCCUCUCACCAAAGACUCAAAGACAGGACGUCUUGCGAAACCCAGAGGCGGUGCUUAGGGGCAGGGAGGCGGAGUCGCAACUCAAGAAGCAGCCAAAUCACAUAGAGACUGAGGAAGAGAGCUGCUGUAAGACGAAAAAGCAGAGCUCUGAGGAGCAGCUGUCGGCAGCCAAUCAGCAACGAGAGUCUAUCGUCAUUGGCGAAUCGCUGAGCCCGGUGGUCAGCGUUAUUAGCAUUAGCAGCGAUACAGAUGAUGAGAGGGAUACAGAAGAGCAGAGGUGUUCCUCGAACACAUGUAAGGGCAGCCCAGAUUGUGAGGCGUGUAAGGGGUCUCUGAAUAUGGAGCGUGUGUGUUCGCUGAGCAGCCCAGACAGCAGCCUGAGCACAAGCUCCUCAGCCUCAGUUCAGUCCAGUCCUUCACCCUGCAAGAGACCCAACAGCAUGUCUGAGGAUGAUGGUCACGAGAGCGGCUGCGACACUGUGGACGGCUCCCCAGCAUCAGACACCCACAGUAGCCCGUUUGCCGAGAGACGCUUUCUGAACACCAAUCAGAAGCAGGGAGCCGAAACGCAGCGGAGCAAUGCGCGCACAGAGACGCAGAUAAAACCAGCAGUCAGGACUGUGGUGGUGCCACCGCUUAGAGUGAUCAACAACAAUAACAACCAGCAGCAGCACAGCAACACGGUGUUCGAGUUGUCAUGCCAGUUGCGAGGACGAUGCGCUCCCGGCCGGUUGAGUCUGCACUCCACUCCAAGUUUGCCCCGCCAGCACAAGAUCACUUCCACAUUCCAGCAGCAGCAGCCACCUCUGGGCUUUGGCCAGGUCCAGCACUACAGCUCCUGUCACAACGAAUGGAACGGCAACUACACCCAGCCUCGCCGUCCGCAGGCCUUCAUCCCUCCCACGGUGCACGGCCACACCUUCCCUCACGCCAGCCCCACCCACUCGGCCCAGGCUCCUCCUCCUCCAGCCCCUCCCGCCCUUCUCUCCUACCCUCCUUCCGCCCCCGUCACCCACCUGCUGCCCUCCCCAAGGCCCGUGUUGCAACCUGCCUACAGUCUGGUGCCUCAGGGCAUCAGCAUGGGCAUCGACCCACGCCUGCUUCCCUCGCCCACACUGCACCCGCCGGCCGCCUUCAAAGCCCUGUUCACGCCGCACUCGUACGUCACGUCGCCCGCCUACACAGGCUUCCCACUCAGCCCCACCAAACUGCCCCAGUACCCCUACAUCUGACACGCACGCCCAGGCAUGCACAUCAACCCCAGGGGCCCUUACUGCUCUAACACUUAUCUCCAAAAAUCAUGGAGUUUAAUGCAUUCGAAAUAGAUAUCAUGGAUGGAAGAAAAAAAAAUGGUAUAUGAAUUAAUAUGAAAUUCACUUUUCAUGCCUUUUGCACAUUUGAUAUUGAAAAGAAUAGCCCACACACACCCUCACCUCACCUCACCUCGACUCAUCUCGAGUCAUUAAAUCCUUUCCUGUAUCCAGGGACAUGAUGGGAUAUUGUCUCUCUAUAUAUAGCUAUUUUUCUAUAUUGCCUUCUAAAUGUGACUUGGUGAAGCCAUCCCCGUCUGGUGGUAGGGUGUGUGUGUGUGUGUGUGUGUGUGUGAGAGAGAGAGAGAGAGAGAGUGAGGGCUUACAAGUGUCAGAGCGACUCCCUCCUGUUGGUGUUACACAUCUGUAUUUUUGUAACAGACUCCUCCCACUUCGUUCCCAGUGUUAACUCCUGCAGAACAUCCCAUGUUUUAAGGUUACUACAUUCUGCAUGGAGGAAACACAAGACUCAGAAUUCACUUCGUGUGGUUUUUUUUUUUUGGAGUACAACCUGAUCCCUCCAUUAAAGUGCCUUAUUAAAAAAAAAAAAACCCAUGUCUGUGCAGGGUGUGACAUGACACUCUUGCAUUUGCAUGACUGCAACAGGACUGCAGCACUUGAGAAAAAAAAGGUGGCUUUGUUCUCUUAUUGAGUCACAGUGCGAUCUGUACAUCAAUAUUGUGUUAAUCGCAUCCCUUAUGCAAAGUGGAUUAGGAAUGACGAAUUACAUUGUGUGUUCUCAAUUCUUUUUUUUUUCCCUCCCGCCUUCAUGAAAUUGCGGUCGUGCUUGUUGUUGAAAUGUUGAGGUUGAGGCUGUAACCGUUAUGCAUUUCUUCAUCCCUCUUCCACUCCUGCUGUAUUAAUUUUUUUUGUAACGCAUUGUUUUGACAAGACCUACCUAGUAAAAGGUAGAGUAGGCAGAAAAUUCCCUUUUCGGUCACUAUGGAGAAGGUUUCUGUCUGGGGUUUUUUCUGUUGCUGUUGAGUCUGCGAGGGAGGUUUUGAUAUUGACCUGCUCGUUUUUUUUUUUUCGAUCUUUUCCUCUCUGACGCUUUUAAUUUAAAGCACCCUGUGUCUGGGGGAAUCACUGAUUGUGAUGUGAUUGUCGUGUUUUUUUUUUUUUUGGGGGGAUCGUGGGGCACGUUUUCGCUGUAGCAAAGUGUUCUCGCUGAAUGAACUAUGUACAGUUUUGAUUUCAUUUCCUCUUUGAUAAUCAGUUGCUCUUCUUUUACAUAAUACUAACAGUAUUUACACUGUUUAACACAACUGCAAUACAAUCCAUUUCUAGGUGUGUUUGCGUGGUUUAUUUUUUAUUUUUUUUUAAUUCACUAUUCUAAUUUUUUAGAACUAGAUGUGGGUUUGUUUUUUUUUUUGGCAUUAACCUGCAGAUAGCUCUUUAAAUCAUUUGACGUGGUUUCCUGUUAGCUUGUGCAGAGAUUUCAGUAUUUAACUAUCGAUCUGAUUUGUCGUCGUCGGAGUAUUUAGUGCUUUCCUGAGGUGCGAGUUGGUCGUGUGCAAUCCCCGCAAAUCUAUAAGCACGUGACGAGAUCCGUUUCCGCUCGUCCGCGCCGUACCGUACCGUACCAUCGAGCUUUGUCAAUGCUGGCUGUUUUUUUUUUUUUUUUAAUUUGAUACAUUCCGUCAGGGAGAAAUGAUUUCUUUUGAUUGAUUGAUCUUUGUUUUUAUUCAGAAGUUUUUUUUUUUUCCUUUGCUAUCAUUAUAUUAUUAAAGAUGCUUUCGCUACACCAAAGACAGUAAUUGAUUUCUUAAGCGACGUAGCUACUGUUCUAGCCUAGACCUCAGAUAUUACUCUAGAGAAAAAUAAAUAAAUGAAAUGUACUCUGUGUAAAGGUUGAGGUUGAUGUUUAGCUUUUUUUUUUUUUUUUUUUUUUAAAUUUGGCAAGUUUAAUGAUUUCAUUUAUCCUUGAAUGUACCAUAGAUAAGCUGCUAUUCACUGAUCGCCACUUCGUCAUAGCUGUGAGGGUAAAGUGAUUAACUUUGUUCUUAGCUUUCUCAUUUUUUUUUUAAUUUUUUUGUACUUGUAUCUCGACGACCUUAAGAUAGACGUGAGGUUUUUCUUUUGGUUUUACUCUACUGAGCGGCAUCGAACCCGUUUUAACGCCUAUGUAUAUUUUGCUUUUCUGUUUGAAGUGUCAUUGUAACUACUGUAUUGCGAUUGAUGGAAGUUUUGGUUUGUUGUGUUUUUGGGGUGGGUUUUUUUUUUUUUUCCUGUUUGAUUUCUUUAAUCCUUUCGUUUGCAUCCGUGUAUUAUCUGUAGUGUUAAUGGUAAUCUUGGGGCUCAUCAUUGCAUAUGAGAUGCAUAUUGGUGUAUAUCAGAGUACGUUUAGGUAUAUAUUAGUAUCUCGAUAAGGCAUAGCUUGCAGGAUAGAUUUAACUCUUAUUAUUUUUGUUUUGUGGAUGUGUUUAUUGACUCGAUUUUAAGAUGGAGACAAACGCGCCGCUUUGAAAUCGUGCAUUAUUCCGGUUUAUGACUUGCACAGAAUUGAGGAAGGAGUGUCGCUUGUUUAUAAUCGAUUGCAGUGCUUAUUGUUAAUCAGCAUGUAUUUCGCAAGUCUUGAGCAUUUACUUUGGAUACGAUUUCAGUCGGUCCGUGUUUAUUCUAGAUUAUGCCUGAUGUACUUAUUCGGCUAAUGUGACGAUUGCGUUGUCAGUAUGGAUGAAUCCCCGGAUGCAUGGUUCGUUCCGGCGGCCAUUUUUCCUCAUGGUGUUGGUGUGGAAAUCAUCAUGUACUCGUAUUCUGCUCUGUCGAAGGAGCAGCGCUAAACUAGUGCCUUUCAGAUGUGCUUCAGACCUUUAUGUCCUGUGCACACGCUUACACACACACAGCGACCCAGAUCUCUCUUAUUCUCGCUUGCGAGGUCAGUUAAAGUGUUUUAUCUUGUCUUGCGUGUGUUCUUUGCUCUUUUGGACCUCUUAGUGUUGAAAAUCUAGUUAUGCACUGGUUUCCCUGUGUGUGUAUGUGUGUGGGGUUUAAUUUUAUAUUUUUUCUUCUUUCCCCUUCGCUAUAGUGGUAGUGUUCGUGUCACUUGGCAGUCACAUGCCAAACAUGCAAUGCAGUGAUGUCUUCACAUGAGAUUUUUUUUUUUCCAUUUUAAAAACGUACAUUUCAUUUGACGUGUUUGCUUGUGUGUGUUUCUUUUUUUUUCUUUUAAGCUAAUAUCCAACUAUAGAAAUCCAAUAACAAAAUGCUAUCAGGGAUCAUUACUGUUCCGCUGACGUGGUCCUCUGUCCCAUAUCGAAGCUUUACAUAAGUACACUGUGAUUUGGAAUAAGCUUGGAUAAGCAUCAUCCUGCAGUUUACCACCUCGUCCUGCCAUUUUUUUUUUUUAAACGCUCUUCAAGGGGACACAAAGUUCAUACCAAUGUGCACAUUGUUUGCUUUAAUUUACUUAGACUUACUUUUUGGUCCAAAAAAGUGUGGCUGCAGAGCCACGGGGGAAAAAAAACAACCCAUCAUUUCACUUUUAUACACAACAUGUAGCACUAGAGACAAGUAUACACUCAUGGAUAUGGAUAUUAUGCAUUAUAUCAAUCAGACUUUUAGUUUUAAAUCUGCAUUUAGGCACAAUCGACCAAAAACCCAACUGGAGAAUUAAAAUUGCGUGAAUGUGUGGCAGUCUGGGAAAACCUUUCACAUGGUCAUCGUCUUGACAUUUUGUUCUGAAAUUCGCUCUUGAACUGGAACACGUUCCUUCGAAAUCACAUCGAAAGAUUUCAUUCCAGUUGCACUGAAAGUUCCUUUACACUUCGAGCCUGGUUGAUGAACAGAGCUCCUGGCAAACUCGAGUUCAACAGGAUUGGAGUUCUCACUUUAUCAUCUGUUCAUCUCUGUGAGGUUUCGACGCAAACUUCACGGCCGUCUCUGAUCUCUUCUCGCACGCUCGCUGAUUUUUACGAUUUCUUUUUGACUCCGUGUCUUGUUAAUGUCGCUUUUGUUAGCCUUUUAAAACUGUGCGUCGAAGCUGUUCCUGGAUCAGCCCUCUCUCUGCUUCUGGAGUUGGAUCCAGUCUUGACGUUUUCACUGUGUCAGGAAAUCGCACUUAGUUUGUCAAGUUGAAGCAGACGGACUGUUUUUCACCACCGUGUUUCGUUCACUGCCUCCUUUUGCAUCACCAAGGCGAGCUGAAAGUAAAAGAAAAAAAAAGUUCCAUAUGUUGAUCUUAAACUAGAAAUUCAGAGUAUUUGUACGAGGGGAGAAAAAAAUCUUCAAACCAGGUUGAGCAUUUUUGGCAACAACGUCUGAAAGGUUUUCCCAGAUUGCACGCGUGUACACACACUGCCGCACACAUACACCGAACACUUUUUUUUACUAAUCACAUUCAAACUCGUAAAGUACUCCCAUCAUACCAAACUAUUGUAUUUGGCUUGUUUUUAUUUUACCGUGUUCUCUUUUGAUUGAUUUUGGGGUUUUUUUUCCUUUUACAGACGUGUGUACAGAAAUUCAGGGUCUUGGUGUUUGUCACAUGUGCUACUGUGUACCAGUUUCUGUCCUAAUGUUUGGGUUUGAUUGCUUUAGAGCUAUUAACCUUCUUUUUGUUGCUGUUUCCUGUAGAUUAUAUUUUAGUGGAAGUUAAAUCUCACUGCAAGUUAUCAGAGAUUAGAUUUAGACUGCAGAGUUAAGUGGACUUGAUUUACUAAAUCUGAACUGUUACUGUUUUAAUACAUGUAGUUUUUUGUGGCUUUCUAAUUCGUUUUUGCUUCUGAUUUCUUCUUGACGCUACAUUAGUUUGCCAUGUAGCCAUUGCACUGUGCAAUAUUCAGUAUAUGAGGACUGGGAACUUUUUUUUUUUUUAAAGUGUGUAAUGUCUCUUACAGUUUUCGCUCGUUAUUUCUCUGGUUCUCAGUGAUUUCUAUGUGACCAAGCCUUAUGUACUUUGUCACAAAAAGCGGGUUUUCCUGGUGACUAUUUGGUGAGUGUCAAAUUAAAGAAAUUAUGGUGUAUUGUCAAAAUUCACUUUGAAUUAAAAUAUAUAUUGCUGCAGGCA